CUGGUCUCAAAACAGAUUUUUUAAACACUUAGCUGCUCAGAGAGUAUAGCCAGGAUAACACAGCACAGAUUCAGGAUCAGCUAUGUGUUGACGAAACCUUUCAGCGCCGCUGCUGCCAACUCACACACCAACUGUGUCCGGUUACCGGCGACCAAACAAACUGCCUGCCGCUCAAGCGGAGUUAGCGGUGGAGAAGGGGCUCACUCUUUGACGGUGAAAAAGCCAAGUGGCACCCAUCUCGUCUACCAUCUCUCUUCUGAGGUCACCCACUGCCACCAUGACCGCUGCUGUGAGAGAUUCUGCUCAUGUGCCGGUGAGAGGCCCCGGUGACGGCAUGGAAACUGACAAACCACCGGCUGUCAUGGAGAUUAUCACAGAUACACAGCCAACGGGACCAGCUGCAGUUCCUCUCCUGAAGGUGGCCAGCCCCAAACACAGCCCCAAAUCUACCCACACUGCUCCCCCCACCGCUCCUCAGCCCUGUGGGGUGCUCCACCUGGGUAAGGUGAGUCGAGAAGCCUGCACAGAGGUGGAGGCCGUACGGAUUGUUGUCCCACGUGCUGCCAUCAGCCGGAGUGGACGUGCAGGGCCUGCGGAGGGGAAGGGGGAGGCUGGGCAGCAGGCCGAAGAGCAAGGUUCUCACUCCCCCCCUCUGGUGGAGGACUGGAGAGGAGCGCUAGAGAAGCUGCAGAACUCUGAACGUAGGCUGCUACAAGACAAAGAGGGCCUUUCCAAUCAGCUCCGAGUGCAGACAGAGGUGAACCGUGAGCUAAAGAAACUACUGGUAGCGUCUGUUGGUGAUGACCUGCAGUACCACUUUGAGCGUCUGGCACGGGAGAAGAAUCAGCUGAUUUUGGAGAACGAGGCCCUGGGCAGGAGUCUGGCGCACACGGCAGAGCAGCUGGAACGCAUGAGCAUCCAGUGUGAUGUUUGGAGGAGCAAGUUCCUGGCCAGCAGGGUGAUGGCAGAGGAGCUGACGAAUGCCAGAGCAGCUCUGCAACGCCAGACCAGAGAGGCCCAAGGAGCAAUUCAGGACCUGCUGUCUGAGAGGGAGGAGUUUUCUAGGGAUAUGUUGCUCACUCACAGAUCUCUUGAGCAGCUCCUGGUGUCCCUCCAGUGGGGCAGACAGCAGACCUACUACCCCAGCGCGCAGCCCCUCAGCACAGGUGAGCUGGCCACAGCCAAUCACAAGCUAGCAGACGCCAUCAACUCCCACCUGCUGGGCAACAUCAGCAACAGCGUGGUGAAGAGCAGCGGCGCACCAGUGGAGCAGCUGUGCAACACGCCAGCCGAGAAGAUGGCUGAGAAGGUGCUGAAGAUUUUAGAUCCAAUUUCCCGUUCAGAAGACAAGGAUGAGCCUCCGCUGGGUGACUCUUCCCCCUCGGCCUUUCUGACCAAUAAGAAGAGCAUUGGCAGGUUUCACCCAUACACACGCUACGAGAACAUCACUUUUAACUGCUGUGAGCGCUGCAGUGGAGACAUCAUCGUGCUGUAGCGGUCAAAGAGCAGCAACGUAACCCCCCUCUGACAUCCACACAGGGUCAAAGCUCAUUUCAAGUAUUUUGAUGUCUGAACACAAGUGAACUUUUACUGGGGAACACAGGUGCUCCAAGUGAACACCAAAAAGUCAGCCCCUCCCUCUCUCUUACAUAUGCAGUAUCUAUAGGUCUGCUGCUGGCCAUUUUAGUAUGGCAGUGUGGCAGCGCCAUGGAUUUAUUGCACACGACACGAUUCUUGUUUUCUGCUGGACAGUUUUGAAUUAUCUUGUUUAUUCUGCUGGUUUUGACAUUUGAUUUUACAUUGCUAAACAAGAAAAAUGAUGAUGUCCUUUGCUUUCAGUAAUCAUGAUGGGAUAGUGGUGACAAUAUGAGCACCACUGCAACAUGAUGUAUAAACCAUGGAAAGCAGUAAUUAUUUGGUUAAUGACAUCGCCAUCACAUGAUAAGUGGCACUAAUGGAGUUUGCUCAUAAAUACUUUGGGCUUGUAUGUUUUGAACUUGUAUCCAUAACUUCCUAUAUGCAAGUAAAAACCAGUCUGGACAUGUGGUGUAUAGGUGAGCCAGAGGCCUCACAGGCACUCUACUGUAAAUGUUCCUCCUGCAGCUAUAACACACAGUGAGAUUAUCAGACAGCUACACGUGCACUGCGCAUGUACACACAGGAGGAAGGAGGUUCAAAACAUCAUGACUGAUAUCAACAUAAGAGUAUGACUAAAAUUUUAGUGCUGCUCAAAUACAAAGAAUUAUAUUUUUGAAAAUGUUUUUUUCAUAAAGGUAUUGUUUAGGCUUCAGUUACAGCUCAGUAUUUUAUUUAUUAUGAUUUGUUUUCAUGGAUGUAGCCUAUGUUCUAUUCAUUUGAAAGAAUUUCUGUAAUUCUGCAAGGCAGUUUUGCACUAUACAGUGAGUUAACUUUGUUUUGGAGUGCAAAAAUAAUACAAAAGAAUGAGCAAUAUUAUUUAAUACUGUUUCUGUUUUGCUAUUUAUGCUUUGGAAUACACUAAUAUAGAACAUCUUGCAAGAUAAUGCACCUGCCACUUGAGAUUUUCUAAAACCAUACUGUAUAAUAUUUUGGUUGAUUUCAUCUGUAUGGGGAAAAAAAUUGCUUGUCCCUGCACACGCAAGCUGUAGAAUGACAGAUAAACAUUUUAUCUUUGUAGGAUUGUUUUCCAUGUCAGAGACCAAAAUAAACAUUUUAUACCU